AGUUAGUCACAUGUAAACGUAUCACGACAAAUUUCAACCUAAACAUCUUUUAUGUCUUGGUGCCAAUACGACAAAGCAGCUGAGGAACAUAUCAAUUAGUUGAUUAUGUCUUCACCGGCGCAGGAGAUAUCGAUAAUAACGCCCCACCAAAAAUUUGAAGGACACACCGAUGUUGUCUGCGAUGUCAUACAUUUGCCAGGCAGACAGCGGAUAAUGACGUGUUCAGAGGACGGCUCGCUGCGGGUAUGGAACUUGAAGACCGGCAAACAGAUAGGAGACGAGUGGAGGGAUGGAGAAAGUCAAGUGUGGACCAUAGCGUUGUCUCCGGAUGGCCAGAAAGUGAUCGGCGGGAGUAACUGCGAGAAUCGUUCAGUGCAACAGAGCAGAAAGACAAGCAUGACGCUCGAACAGCAUUGCGUCGCCGACUGUCUCCAUCUGAAGCCUCUCGUGGAAAGAUACGAGAAUCUUCAUCCAACGGAUCCGACGAGUGGCAGUGUAUGUGUACCGAGUGUUAUAUAUUGUGAUAGUCUCGAGUCUCGAGCUCGUGUGCUAUGUAGGUUGGGAAAUUCACCUUGUUUUUAAGUCACAGCAGGGUUGGUUCCAAAGAUUUGGACACAUAUUGGGGAAAAGAGUACAGCAGCGGGAUGCGUGUAUUCAAGACAUUGCCAAAGCUCGAUACACAACCUUGAAAAAUGGAUGUCUUUUACUC